AUGACCAAUAGACUUUUGACCAUUGUAAGGAUAGGUAAAGCUAGAAAUAAUUUUGAAAAUCAUUACCAAAACCUCUUCGAGGAGUUAUCAACGAUAGGUUCGGGAGGUUUCGAAACUGUAUUCAAAGUAAAGCAUAGAAUCGAUGAACACAUAUAUGCCAUCAAAAGAGUUCAAAUUGAGGUAAAGAAUUUAGGAAAAGUUCGCUCAGAAUAUGUAGUUCUCUAUUAUAACUCAUGGCCCGAAAACAAACACCUCUACAUUCAGAUGGAGUACUGUUCACAGAAUUUAAGGAAUAUUCUUGAAGUGAAACCAAAAGUAUUUGGUCGACAGGAUGAAGAUGCCAUGGAUUGUGUCGAGUAUUUCAUUUCGUGUGAAAUAUUCAUUCAAAUUUUAGAAAGUGUUAAAUAUUUCCAUGAAUUGAAUCCACAGAUCAUUCACAGAGACCUUAACCCAGAAAACAUAUUAAUUUCUGAAAGUGUAAGAAACGGUCGAUUUGUUAAAUUAUGUGACUUUGGUUUGGCUGUAGAGCACAUCACUGCAUCUCAGAGUCACUCUAAAAAUAAGGGAACUCCUAAAUAUAUGGCACCAGAAUUGCAUCAAUCAAAGUAUACGACAAAAGCAGACAUUUAUAGUUUGGGUAUUAUUUCUGUGGAAUUGUUUGAUAUAACCUUAGAGUAA